AGAAAAAAAAUAUUGAUCAUUUAUAGCGAAUAGAAACAUUUAAAAAUCAAAACCUAUUAAUCAUUUAAUUUUCCGAACAAUCUAUUUAACAAUAUUUCCCGUUUAAACAAAAAUCAGCUUUUCCCUCAUGACACGCAGAAUAGUAUUGAUAUACAGAAUGGUAGAUUCAUUAUUUUCUUCUAUUACAGAUUUAUUAUUACUAGUGAUUGCCGUUUUGGCGGUGACGAGGAACACUUUUGCCGAAAUACACGGAAUCCUAACAAAAUGUCCAGAAUCUUCGUGCAAUAUCGUACAGCUCGCUCACGAACACGAUUGUACCAAGUUUUACGAGUGUUUCAAUGGGCAGAGACAAGUCACGGAUUGCCCAGAAUUUGCCCCGAGACAAAAGCUACAUUUCGACCCUGAACUUCAAAAUUGUACUUUCCCCUGGGAGGCAAAUUGCGCGUCAAGAGCACCGGAUUGUUCAAAGGAAGAAUUCAUACAACCUCAUCCCUCCAACUGCAGAUUAUAUUACAAAUGCGAGAACGGGAAAAAAGUCUUAAAAACGUGUGACGAGGGACAGCUGUUUAAUUUUGACACUUUAGAAUGCGUAGACAAAAAUACCACCAAGUGUAAAGUUUAUGAUUCAUGUCCAACGGGUAAAUUGCUGGAGACUGUACUUCUGCCACACGAAUGUAAUUACAAAUACAAAUCUCUGUAUUACGAAUGUGUCGAUGGGCAAUACGUUGAAAGACAUUGCGCGUCAGGUCAAGUGUUCAAUAAUAGACGCAGACAAUGCGUGUCUGACGUCUAUUGUCCUGAGAACGGUACUAGAUAUAUUCCUGACAAGACGGAUUGCACUAUGUAUUACGAAUGUGUGAAUGGUGUUAAAACACAGAAAACGUGCGAAGAUGGAUUAUCUUUCAACGAAAUGAAAGGUAUGUGUACUUGGCCACCAAGUAGCGAAUGUUCUUUGAACUUCUUCAAACAAACCGUGCUGGCUACGUCUUUUCUACCUGACGCAAUCAAGGAAAAUAUCAUGCUGAAAUGUCCAGCGAAUGGAAAUGCGUUCGUACCUCACGAACGCUCUUGCACCAAAUAUUACGCCUGCGUGAAUGGGCGUCAGUUUACUGAAAAUUGUCCGGACGGUAUGAUAUACGACUAUAUUAGAAAAGUUUGCGAUGCUCCGUAUGCUGCCGUAUGUAAAAAUGAAAUGACCCAUUAUGAGAUUCGAUUGCGAGGUAUAGAUUCAAAUUGUCAUUAUUCGAACGAUUGUCCAAAAUAUGGUAGUAAACGCCUUAAACAUGAAAAAGAUUGUAAGUUGUAUUACGAUUGUGUAAAUGGCUACAAAUGUCUUCGAUCGUGUCUUCCAGAAUACGUCUUCAAUCCAUUAAUCGAAUCGUGUGAUAUACCAAAGAAUAAUCCUAAUUGCCUUACUUCAGACGGCUCUGAUCCAUCAGAAGACGAGUGUCAUUGUGGUUGUAAGAAUUGGAUUCGUCGUUUCCCUAAUCCCAAAAAUUGUUCUCUAUAUUAUGAGUGUGAAAAUGGUAAGAAAGUGUCAAAGGAAUGCGCUCCGAAUCUUCAAUACAAUCGUGACAGUCAGAGUUGUACCUAUCCAAAAGAUGCAAAAUGCACCGUCCCUGGUUGCGAAGAAGGAAAGGUUUAUCAUCAUGAGUAUGAAUGUAAUAAAUAUUACGUAUGUCGACACGGUCAGAAAGAACUGCAGUACUGUCCAUCUGGGCAAGAAUUUGAUUGGAUAGAUUUGAAAUGCAAGCCAUCAGGCAGGGUUCGCUGUUAUCCCGAAGGGAUUGUGAAUGGCUGCGAAGGCAAAUGUUCGUCAACCGAUACCACGUUGCCCCACGAAGAUUGCCGCAAGUAUUGUAAAUGCGAAAAUGGAAACUCCAAGGUUGAAAAUUGUCCUAACAAACAGUUUUAUGAUCGGGAAACACACAAAUGCGAGUGGCCAGAAAAUCUGCGAAACGCGUUGUGCGAACCUUUCCCGUGCUGGCUUAAUUCUACGGGAAUCAAUAUUCCUCAUAAAUGUCAGUGUAACAAAUACUACAGAUGCAAAAACGGAAUGAAAUAUCUUGUAUUCUGCAAGGACGGAAAAUACUUUGACUAUGAAGAAGAAAGAUGCGUUGAUAGUGCAGAAGCUCACUGCUACGCGAAUAGCCCAUGCGAUGUUGGGGGAUGCGCCGAAAUCUAUUUGACUCACAACAAUAACUUCGUUCACAAAAAUUGCACAAAAUACUGUAGGUGAGAGGGUACGAACGUGAUUCUCGGGCAAAGACCUCCCGGAGAUUUGUAUUACGAUAAAAUAUUUAGAGAAUGUACUUGACCAGAAUAUGUAAAUUUACUGUCGGACUGCAUACCGUUUGAUUGUACCAGUAAUGCUGAUAGUAUAAUGCCUCAUGAAUGUGAAUGUACAGUUUACUAUAAAUGUGAAAAAGGGUCAAAAUAUCGUGAGAUAACGCAACGAUGCAUUUUGCUUUGAUUAUGUACUCGGAAAGUGUACGAAUGAGGAUCCUCGUUGUUAUCAUAAAUAUUCGAACGCGACCGAUCAACACGUAGG